CGCCCGGGGCGCGCCCACGCCGCUCGCCGAGGGAAGGGGGCCUCCCGGGAGGCGGGCGGGGAGCGCGCGGCGGCGCGGGGGGACGCCCCCCGCCCUCUGCCCGGCUCCGCGGCCGGGGGGCCCCCCGAGGUUACGUAAGGAGCCGGCGCGGGGAGCGGGGCGGGACGGGGCGGGGCCCGAGCGCGGCCGCCCAGCCCCCGCCGGCCCAGCCCCCGCCCGCCCGCGCCAGGCGGCGGCGGCGGCGGCAGCGGCAGCCGCGCAGCCCCGCGGCAUGGAGCGGCGCUGGGGCUGAGCCGGGCGCGCACGGGCCGCCGCAUGUGCGGCGCGGGGAGCGGCUGCGGAGCGCGCGGAGAGCGAGCGCCAGAGGGCCCGUCGGAGCGGCCGCCGGAGCAGCGCCGGAGAUGGGAGAACAGCCUAUCUUCACCACGCGGGCGCACGUCUUCCAGAUCGACCCCAGCACCAAGAAGAACUGGGUGCCUGCAAGCAAGCAGGCGGUCACCGUUUCCUACUUCUACGAUGUCACCAGGAACAGCUAUCGCAUCAUCAGCGUGGAUGGAGCCAAGGUGAUUAUAAACAGCACCAUCACACCCAACAUGACCUUCACCAAGACGUCGCAGAAGUUUGGGCAGUGGGCGGACAGCAGAGCCAACACGGUGUUCGGCCUGGGGUUCUCCUCGGAGCAGCAGCUGACAAAGUUUGCAGAGAAAUUCCAGGAGGUGAAAGAAGCCGCCAGACUAGCCAGAGACAAGUCCCAGGAGAAAACAGAGACUUCGAGCAAUCAUUCCCAAGCAUCCAGCGUCAACGGGACGGACGAUGAAAAGGCCUCUCACGUGGGUCCUGCUGACACGCACCUGAAGUCUGAGAACGACAAGCUGAAGAUUGCUUUGACGCAGAGCGCCGCCAACGUGAAGAAGUGGGAGGUGGAGCUGCAGACCCUGCGGGAGAGUAACGCCCGGCUGACGGCAGCGCUUCAGGAGUCGGCCGCCAGCGUGGAGCAGUGGAAGCGCCAGUUCUCCCUGUGCCGCGAGGAGAACGAUCGGCUCCGGAACAAGAUUGACGAGCUGGAGGAGCAGUGCAGCGAGAUAAACAGAGAGAAGGAGAGGAACUCGCAGCUGGAGCAGAGGAUCGGAGAGCUGGAGUCCGAAGUGCGGGAGAAGGAGACGGAGUUGAAUGACCUCCGCAAACAAAGUGAAAUCAUACCUCAGCUCAUGUCAGAGUGCGAAUACGUCUCUGAGAAGUUAGAGGCGGCAGAGAGAGACAAUCAGAACCUGGAGGGCAAGGUGCGGUCCCUCAAGACGGACAUUGAGGAGAGUAAGUACCGCCAGCGCCACCUGAAGGUGGAGCUCAAGAGCUUCCUGGAGGUGCUGGACGCGAAGAUCGACGGCCUGCACGACUUCCGCCGCGGCCUCUCCAAGCUGGGGGCCGACAGCUAGGGGCCGUGGGCCGAGGGCUGGGGCGUCCUCCCGUGUGCGUCGCUCUGUUAGUGCAGGUGUGGUUUGUCGCGCCUCCACACCCGUGGUGCCGUCCACUCUCCCCUCCGGAACACACGCCUCCUCUCGCCUCCCUGACCUCGCGAGGCUGCGGACAUCUGGAAGGUUCUGACUCAGGAAUCCCGCGCUAGGUCUCCCUUAAACGUUUACGUAGUCAGGGCAGGGAUGUUUGUAUCUUUCUUAAGGGCUGUUGCGACCAUACCAACUGAGCAAAGGAUUUUCUAUUACAAAUAGAAACGUUCUUUUUGGAAGAACGUUCAGAGCGUUUGAACGUCCACCAGGCACCCGUGCGCGGGGCAUGGGGGUAACGCCUUCCCUCUCGGUAAGAAUCAAGAUGCUUUAAAGCAGCCGCUUAGUAGAGACUUGUCCGGAGAGAGCAAACAAGUCUGGGGUGGGCUCACAGGCACUGCCUGCACCCACUCUGCCCCCCUUCCACCCACCCCCAGUUCGUAGGGUUGCGACAGUGUUCCUUUCCUGGGUUUUAACUUCUGAGCAGAUGACUGUGCUGUGGGGACAGCGUGCAGUGAGGGCGCCUAGCACAGUGCCUGGCACAAAGGUGCUUAAUAAAUAUUUGUUUAACUAAACAGA